GAGUCAGUAAUGCUACUUGAGGAUGCAAUUAUGCCACAGUGAUAAGCAGUAGAAGCUCCGUCUUUCUUAUCUGCUACUCAGUGAGGGUCAGUAGAAGCUCCGUCUUUCUUAUCUCCACCCCGUUCUACUCUUCCCCGGGUCCGCAUGUUCUUGACCUGAGUUUCUCGGGCGAAUUGCUUCUUGGAUUUCUUCUCCUCCUUCUUCCUCCGAGUUUUCCCCUCCCCUUCUCGCUGUAACCGGUCCUUUGGAGCUCGUCAAUCCCUGCGCCGGCCCUCCUGGAUCUGAUGCUGAAUAAGGUGGGAAGCUGCUGCCGCUGCCGUCGCCGCCGAGCUGCUUGUUCCGCUGAAAAACACCACCUUUCCCGUGCGCGGCGGAGGCGGAAUCCGCUCGGCGUUGACUUCGUCCUUCUUCUCAUAGCCAAGGUAUUCGUGUGCUAAUUUGUACUUCCUCUGUAAAGAAAUAUAAGACCGCUUAGAUCACUACUUUACUAGUACUCCCUCCGUUCCUAAAUACAAGUCUUUUUAGAGAUUUUAGUAUGGACUACUACAGAGCAAAAUAAGUGAAUCCACAGUCUAAAGUACUAUAUACAUUCGUGUAUAGUCCAUAUUGAAAUCUCUAAAAAGACUUAUAUUUAGAAAGCGGAGGGAGUAGUGGCUAAUUUCCUUGUCAUGUGAAGUGUACACCUUGGUAAAAACACCUGUUGGAGAAGACAUACUGAAAACAGCUUGCAUCCUCAAGCCUCUUACAUUUCUGGUGAAAGCAAAUUGGUCAAAGUAGCUAGCACCAACAAGUGGCACGGUAAUUAGUUCUCAUGGUCACAUCUUCAACUCUGAAUAAAUAAGGCAGAGAAACCAACAGCACACCUGCUUAAUUUUACCUUUUAGUUUCAACCAUACUCCUGCAUGUCAAAAAACAUGUUCCCAACCAGUAUUAAUUAAUGUGGGGGUGAUCUGAAUGAGUAGUCUCCAAUCGACUGAAGCUGAUGCCCAGAGCAGGUAAUGCAAGGUGUGUUGGGUACAGCGGACCAGAGACGUCCCAUCCUUGAUGGAAAUCUUGGCACCUAGACAUAUUGAAAUACUAUGACUCCUUAGAAUAAAUUCAAAUUAGCAUGCUCUUGGGGCAAUUGAUUCUAAUGCUUCAUGAUACAUCAAAUCUUCGUACUUUACUUAUUCCUUCCAUGAUUAAUUAAAUCAUGUAACUAGGUGUAGUGGCUAGCCUCACCGUAAAAUGUAUCUUGCGCGAACCUUAAAAUGAAGUCAUUGCUCUCUUUUUUAAGAUCAUCAUUGUUAUUGUUAAGGGUGCUCCACUCAUUUCGUUUGCAGUGAUUGCAAAUGGACCUUGAAGCCUGUACAAGCCACAAUGUCCUGGAGAGGAUUCUGCUUGAUGAAAGCGCAGAGCCCACAAACCUGCCGUUAUCACUUCUGGAAAACAUCACAAAUUGUUUCUCUCUUGAUCACCAAAUUGGCAGCGGCGGAUUUGCGGUGGUUUAUAAGGGAGUGGUCGGGAAAGGUACGGUUGCCGUGAAGAAGCUGUCAAACAUGUAUGGUAUUCACGAGAAUAAAUUCCAGGAAGAGAUUAAGUGCCUGAUAAAGGCCAAGCACAAGAAUAUUGUACGGUUUCUGGGGUAUUGCGCUGACGCGCAAGGUAAAAUGAAAGAGUAUGAGGGGAAUCUUGUCAUGGCAGAGGAACGAAACUGGCUGCUAUGUUUUGAUUAUGCAUGCAACGGGAGUCUCGAUAAACACAUUACCGAUGCAACUUGUGGACUUAAUUGGAGGAAGCGGUAUCAAAUAAUCAGGGGGGUGUCUAAAGGUUUAGUUUUUCUCCGUGAGAAGGGUAUUCUUCACUUGGAUCUGAAGCCGGCUAAUAUAUUGCUAGAUAGUCACAUGGUACCCAAAAUUGCUGAUUUUGGUCUAUCAAGAUGCCUUAGUCAAGCACAAACCUGUGCUAUUACUCAAAAUAUAUUUGGAACAAAAGGAUAUAUGGAUCCAGAAUACAUCAGAUCAGGCCAAAUUGGAUUCGCGUCAGACGUAUAUAGCCUUGGCGUUAUAAUCAUGGAGAUACUGACAGGAGCAAGGAGGUAUCGCAAAGAUGAGCAUGCAGUCGGAAGAUGGAUGGAUCGAUUGGGGGUAUCAGAGGGGGACAUGCAAUUAGAACAAGUGAGAGUAUGCAGUGAGAUAGCGAUAGAGUGCAUGGACUUGGACCCAGCGAAGAGACCAGAUGCAUGCCAUAUAAUUGAUAGACUUGAUAAAAUUGAGGGUCCUGACAAAUCAGACAAAACUGGCAUCAACAAUUCAUUCACUGAGCUGCAGGUAAAUUUACCAAGGGAACAAUUUGAAGAAAGAGUUGGAAACCCUGCAGCUAAGAGCCUCCAAGCGGAUGUCGAGGAACACUCUGAAAUAUUGGAAGAUGCAGCAAAAACAAUCGAAAGGCCUCAUUUCGAAGAAGGCCAAGAGAAAUUAGGCCAGUUAUCAUUAUGUGGUGGGCAAGAUACGAUGGAAAAGCUCAACCGCCAUGAAACAAGCAAUUCUAGCUCUAUAUCUACUCUGUUCUAUGGGUUUAGCAUUUUGGACAUGUACAACAAGACAGCAUACAGGAUUUUCGAUAGGAACAACAGGCGUAUAUCAGAACAGUCACAUUUUAUAAAUAUCUUCACAACGGAGGAGCUCAGGCCAAUAAUAAUGAGUAGUAAUCUCAUCAGAGAAGUUAACUCCGCUAAAGUUUACAAAGGCGUUGUUGAUGAUGCUCUGCUUGCAGUAAAGCAAAUGUUUAAUGCUGAUGAAAAGCAAUUAAAAAAUGAAGUCAUCAUCCAGUCUCAAAUCAUACACAAGAACAUUGCUUGUCUCAUAGGUUGUUGCCUAGAAAUGGAUAACCCCAUUCUGGUUUACGAGUUCCUCCCCAGAGGAACCCUUCAUGACAUACUUCACAGCGGCAGCAAGGUGCCUCUCAACUUGGAUGUGCGUCUAAAUAUUGUUGCAGAAUCAGCACAAGGUCUAGCCUAUUUACAUUCACAAGCUCGUACCAAAAUCUUGCAUGGUGAUGUCAAAUCGGCAAAUAUACUCUUGGAUCAUAACUUUGUGCCAAAGAUCGCAGUCUUUGACCUAUCGAGGUUGAUUGCGAGAGAUAAUGAACACACUUCCUUCGUCAUCGGUGACAUGACCUAUAUGGAUCCAGUAUACAUGCAAACAGGUCGACUGACAGAAAAAAGUGAUGUCUACAGUUUUGGAGUCGUGAUCUUGGAGCUCAUUAGCAGGAAGCCCACCUAUAUUGACAGUGUUUGGUUAGUGCAGAGUUUCAUUGAAUUUCGCAGAGAAGGGAAGAAAGCAACCGAGCUCUUUGACAAGAAAAUUGCAGUAACAACAAGAGAUUUGGUGAUUCUUGACUGUCUUGCAGAGAUUGCUGUGGACUGUGUUAACCUUGAUGUGGAUCAAAGGCCCACAAUGACAGAAGUUGCAGAGCGCCUUGUCAUACUGAAUCGAUCUCGUAGAUUACAUGCACGGCAUACAAUUGCUGACUAUUCAGAGGAAACUGACAUUAGUUCUUCAUUUGCUGAGCAACGGAAAGUAAGUCACUUACCAUGGGGAGUGCAAGAUACAAACCGUCGUGGUGGAGGCAAUUCUAGCUCUGUCUCUACUGGGUUAUUCAAGUUGAACAAUUUGGAUAUUUUCAAUUGGAAAGGGCGCAGAAAUUUCAAUAGGAACACCAGGCAUACAUUAGAAAGGUCACAUUUUAUAAAGAUCUUCAGGAAGGAGGAGCUCAAGCCAAUAAUAAGGAGUGCCAAUAGUAUUGGAAGAGGUUCCUUUGGUGAAGUUUACAAGGGCUUUGUUGAUAACACACUGGUUGCAGUAAAGAUACCGAUUAAUUCCAGUUUGUUAGAGCAUGCACAAUUUCACAAUCAGGUCAUCAACAUGUCUCAAGUCAGCCACAAGAAUAUCGUCAGGCUCAUAGGUUGUUGCCGAGAAGCAGAUCACCCCAUGCUAGUGUUCGAGCUCGUCUCCAAUGGAACCGUGAAUGAUAUUCUUCACGGCGGCAACAAUGCGCCCCUAAAGUUGGACGUGCGUCUAAGUAUUGUUGCAGAAUCAGCACAAGGGCUAGCUUAUCUGCAUUCACAAGCUCGUAUCAAAAUCCUGCAUGGUGAUGUUAAACCGGCAAAUAUACUCCUGGAUGAAAACUGUAUGCCAAAGAUUGCAGGCUUUGGCAUAUCAAGGUUGAUUAUAGGAGAUAAGGAAUACACUGGACGCAUCAUCGGUGACAUGAAUUAUAUGGAUCCAAUAUACCUGCAAGAAGGCCUGCUAACCUUGAAAAGUGAUGUCUACAGUUUUGGAGUUGUGAUCUUGGAGGUCAUCAGUAGGAAGAAGGCCAUUUAUUCUGAUAAUCACGGCCUAGUGAGGAGUUUCCUUGAAGUUCACAAAGAAGGGAAGAAAGCAACCGAGCUGUUUGACAAAGAUAUUGCAGUAACAACAGGAGAUUUGGAAAUUCUCAACUGUCUUGCAGAGAUUGCUGUUGAAUGUAUUAGCCUUGAUGUGGAUCAAAGGCCCACGAUGACGGAUGUCGCGGAGCGCCUUCUCAUACUGAAUCGAUCUUGUGUGCCGCAAGCUGUUUAGCGCUAUAAAAGUUGAUGCAUGCAUAUUGUGGUGCGAACGACAUUCAUGCCUUGGAAUAAGAGAAAGUUUGCUGUUCAGAAAAAAAAACGUCAAGAUUCCUUUGUUUCUUCAGCGCUGGAGCGAGAUGCAAAGGAAGGAGGACUCAAGCUUAAUGGAGGAUGUUCACCGCCGCCUACUCCGGGCGAUCUCGGCGAGUAUGAGGCAUUGUCUCCAUGCCUGAAGAACUUCUGUUCUGUUUUCUCAAGUUGCGUACUGCCCCCUUUUGGAUCGAUCUGGAAAGCUGCUUCUACCCCGGUUGUUUUGCUUUUCUCUGUCAAGGCCGAGUCACGCUGAUGAACAGAUCAAUUUCUGAGAAUGAAGUCGCAUAUUCCCCUA